AUGCCUCGUAAGCACAUACGAUCAAAUACAGCUCGACCUAGGGCCACCUGGUCGGAUGAGCAACUAAUGGAGGCUGUAGCAAAAGUACAGACAGGAGUAUUAUCUAAAAGGGAGGCACACAGACGCUAUAAUGUACCCGCUCGUACCCUAAAAAUAACAUCUGGCAAUUUCAAGAAGGGUGCCAGUGGCCCAGAAGGAAUUUUGGGCAUGACCAACGAAACAAGACUAGUUGCGGACAUUCAUCGUUUGUCAGUCGUUGGCUUUGCUCCAGACAGAAGCACAGUUACACUUCCGUUUAGGUUUGCUGAAAAGCUAGGGAUAAGACACCCAUUUUCAGCUGCAACAGAAAAGGCAGGAUUUGCAUGGCUUCAUUCAUCCUUUGACAGAAAUCCUGAAUUGUCCGUUAGGCAAGCUGAGGGUCUAUCGUUGUCAAGUGUUCAGGGAAUGAAUCGAGAGGACGCUAGAAGAUUCUUUGAGUUGCUGGAUGAAGUUUUAACAAAAAAUGGUCUAAUGGAAAAGCCUUCUUGUAUAUUUAACAUGGAUGAAACAGGCGUGCAACUCCUAAAUAAACCUAGUAAAGUUAUAACGAAGAAAGGGGUUAACAGAAAACCGGAGCUUUCAGAUGGCUUGCCUCCUGGAUCUGAGGUCUACAUGAACAGAAAGCCUUCCUUCAUUAAUUCGGAGCUCUUCGUUCAGUGGUUGGUGGAGCAAUUCAUUCGACAUAAACCAGCCGGCAAGUGCGUGUUAAUUCUUGACGGUCACACGUCUCACAGCACAAAUAUAGAAAGCUUCAGAUAG